AUGGAGACCUUGUCCUUGAGAUUACUGCGGCCCUACAGCCUGGUCACCGCGGGCCCUACAGCCUGGUCACCGCGGGCCCUACAGCCUGGUCACCGCGGGGCCACAGCCUGGUCACCGCGGGCCCUACAGCCUGGUCACCGCGGGCCCUACAGCCUGGUCACCGCGGGCCCUACAGCCUGGUCACCGCGGGCCCUACAGCCUGGUCACCGCGGGCCCCAGCAGCCUGGUCACCGCGGGCCCUACAGCCUGGUCACCGCGGGCCCUACAGCCUGGUCACCGCGGGCCCUACAGCCUGGUCACCGCGGGCCCUACAGCCUGGUCACCGCGGGCCCUACAGCCUGGUCACCGCGGGCCCUACAGCCUGGUCACCGCGGGCCCUACAGCCUGGUCACCGCGGGCCCUACAGCCUGGUCACCGCGGGCCCCACAGCCUGGUCACCGCGGGCCCCACAGCCUGGUCACCGCGGGCCCUACAGCCUGGUCACCGCGGGGCCCACAGCCUGGUCACCGCGGGGCCCACAGCCUGGUCACCGCGGGGCCCACAGCCUGGUCACCGCGGGGCCCACAGCCUGGUCACCGCGGGCCCCACAGCCUGGUCACCGCGGGCCCUACAGCCUGGUCACCGCGGCCCUACAGCCUGGUCACCGCGGGCCCUACAGCCUGGUCACCGCGGGCCCCACAGCCUGGUCACCGCGGGCCCCACAGCCUGGUCACCGCGGGCCCUACAGCCUGGUCACCGCGGGCCCUACAGCCUGGUCACCGCGGCCCUACAGCCUGGUCACCGCGGGCCCCACAGCCUGGUCACCGCGGGCCCUUCAGCCUGGUCACCGCGGGCCCCACAGCCUGGUCACCGCGGGCGCCAAAGCCUGGUCACCGCGGGCCCCACAGCCUGGUCACCGCGGGCCCCACAGCCUGGUCACCGCGGGCCCCACAGCCUGGUCACCGCGGGCCCCACAGCCUGGUCACCGCGGGCCCCACAGCCUGGUCACCGCGGGCCCCACAGCCUGGUCACCGCGGGCCCCACAGCCUGGUCACCGCGGGCCCCACAGCCUGGUUACCGCGGGCCCUACAGCCUGGUCACCGCGGGCCCUACAGCCUGGUCACCGCGGGCCUACAGCCUGGUCACCGCGGGCCUACAGCCUGGUCACCGCGGGCCCUACAGCCUGGGUCACCGCGGGCCCUGCAGCCUGGAUCACCGCGGGCCCUACAGCCUGGUCACCGCGGGCCCUACAGCCUGGGUCACCGCGGGCCUACAGCCUGGGUCACCGCGGGCCCUACAGCCUGGGUCACCGCGGGCCCUACAGCCUGGUCACCGCGGGCCCUACAGCGUGGGUCACCGCGGGCCCUACAGCCUGGGUCACCGCGGGCCCUACAGCCUGGUCACCGCGGGGCCUACAGCCUGGUCACCGCGGGCCCUACAGCCUGGUCACCGCGGGCCCUACAGCCUGGUCACCGCGGGCCCUACAGCCUGGGUCACCGCGGGCCCUACAGCCUGGGUCACCGCGGGCCCUACAGCCUGGUCACCGCGGGCCCUACAGCCUGGGUCACCGCGGGCCCUACAGCCUGGGUCACCGCGGGCCCUACAGCCUGGGUCACCGCGGGCCCUACAGCCUGGGUCACCGCGGGCCCUACAGCCUGGGUCACCGCGGGCCCUACAGCCUGGGUCACCGCGGGCCCUACAGCCUGGUCACCGCGGGCUCUACAGCCUGGUCACCGCGGGCCUACAGCCUGGUCAACAUCAGCACGGAGGUCAGACACCGUUACAAUAUGUUGA